CGGGAAAACGACAAUGAAGUAUACGCAUUGUUACGUUGCACAUGGAUUUCACUUGGGCUGCGAGUAUGAUUCGGAUGGCAAAAAGUUGAAAGUCAUGAUAUAAGACUACACCACACCACGUACCUAAUGUCCAUCGUCCACGCUUCGAUCUUUUGACCUCACGUUUUACUACUCGACUACUCUUUGUCUUGGUAAAUCUCGUCAUCUGUUAUCAUUGAGAUAACAUGUCUUCCAUCCCAUCCAUCUCUGCCCCUUCCCUCUCCUCCAAAGUCAUCCUGAUAACUGGCGCAAACAGCGGCAUAGGGAAAGCCACCGCCCUCGCCCUCGCAUUGCAAACCCCAGCACAACUCUGGGUCGCUGCACGCAACGUAGCAGGCGGCCAAGCUACGGUAGCUGAGAUAAAAGCUGCCGCACCAACCGUCGAUGUUCGAUUUGUGGAAUGCGAUUUAGCGAGUUUUGACUCGGUAGCGAAAGCGGCGAGAGAAGUGGUGGACGGGUGUGGAGGGCAAUUGGAUGUUUUACUGUUGAAUGCUGGAAUUAUGGGCGGCCACCCCGGGACCACAUCCCAGGGCCACGAACUGCAAUUCGGCACAAACCACAUUGGCCACGCCCUCCUCCUCAAAUUACUCACUCCGCUACUGCUCUCAACUGCGGGGGAAACUGGAUCAAAACCCCGCGUCAUCUCCGUCAGCUCGCGAGGUCACGCUCACACCGCCACCUUACCAGACGGCGGCAUCGCCUUCGACACAUUGAAAACCUCACAACCUAAUCUGUCAGGCGUGAACAAGUACACGCAAUCCAAACUCGCCAAUGUGGUCUACGCGCGCCAGUUCGCGUUACACUACCCACAGAUCCUCUGUGUAGCGAUCCAUCCCGGUGACGUUUUGACGGAAAUCUUCAAUAAAGGCGCUGAGGGAGGUGAUGAGCAGAUCAAGUAUCUGGCAAGGGAAGUGGCGCCGAAUAGGUGUGGGUCGCUAGAAGAAGGGAUCAAAAACGGGGUCUGGGCGGCGACGGCGGAGGGGGUACUGAGUGGACGGUACUAUGAACCUGUGGGAGUGUUGGGUAUGGGGAGUGAGAUAUCUAGAGAUAGGGAGUUGGGAGAGAGGUUGUGGGCCUGGACUCAGCGGGAGAUGGAAGAGUGGGGGCUCUAGGAGGGAGCAAGUGGAUGCGCUGAAUUGGUUGAUUUUGA